GAAAUUUUUUUCUGCUGAAUAUGGCGCCAUAUAUAUACAUAGUUACACCCAUUUCUCUUUCUCAGCUCACUCUUUCCUCUCAACCCUCAACACCAUACACACACAGAGGAAAAGGGAGUAGCAAACAAUGGCAGAUCAAGAAAAUUUUGUUAGAGUUACAAGAUUGGCCAAGAAAAGGGCAGCAGAAGCAAUGGUUCAGCAUUUGCAACAGCCCAACAAGAAGAGAGUUGUGUUGAGUGAGAUUCAAGAUUUGUUUAAUGUGGGUAUAAAUCACAUUGAGGACAAGGUGUUUGCUUCUGAGCCUCUGAGACCCAAAUGUAAGCAGAUUACUAAGAGGAAGGUGAAAAGCUCUGAUGACCCACAGAUGUGUAGUGCUUAUGCUUCUGAUAUAUAUGAUUAUCUUCAUCAAAUGGAGAUUGAGAAAAAGAGAAGACCAUUGCCUGAUUACCUUGAGAAAGUUCAAAAGGAUGUGAGUGCAAACAUGAGAGGGAUUUUGGUUGACUGGUUGGUGGAAGUUGCAGAGGAAUACAAGCUUCUAUCGGAUACGUUGUAUCAUGCUGUUCCCUACAUUGAUAGAUUCUUAUCAGUGAGUGUCAUCCCUAGGCAAAGACUUCAGCUUUUGGGUGUUUCUUCGAUGCUUAUUGCUGCGAAGUACGAGGAAAUUAAGCCGCCAAAUGUUGAAGACUUUGCUUACAUUACAGACAACACAUUUACAAAGAAAGACGUGGUGAAUAUGGAGGCUAGUGUUCUACAAUCCCUCAAAUUUGAAAUGGGAAAUCCCACAACCAAAACAUUUCUCGGAAGAUUUACUAGGAUUGCCCAAGAAGGUUACGAAAACGUUGAUUUGCAGUUAGAGUUCCUCGGUUACUACCUAGCAGAGUUAAGUUUAUUGGAUUACAACUGUGUGAAAUUCUUGCCGUCUUUGGUAGCUGCUGCUGUGAUAUUCCUUUCAAGGUUCACAUUACAACCAAAGUCACAUCCUUGGAGUUUGGCCCUUCAACGUUGCUCGGGAUAUAGACCAGUGGAUCUAAAGGAAUGUGUUCUUAUCAUACAUGACUUGCAAUUAAGUAGAAGAAGAAGUAAUUUGUCAGCUGUGAGGGACAAAUACAAGCUGCAUAAGUUUAAAUGUGUGUCAACAUUGUCUUCUCCUCUCGAAAUACCGGAUUCAUUCUUUGAAGAUACUGUAUAAUGAUUGGAAAAAUUGGUAUGAGAUGUUACGAUGAUACCUGGACGAGAUGGAUCUGUCUUCUUGAUGCUGGCUCAUGCUAUUUAAAGGACUUUAUUUUAGUAGAUAUGAUAUAAUCCUCAUGAUGUAUGAAAAUUAUAGAUAUAGUCUUGUAAUGUCUCUUCAUGUUUAGAGUCAUGGAUGGUAAAAAUAAAUGUUUUUUGUAAGUUAUAAUAAGCUGGAAAUAACUCCAGAAAACUAUAUAUUAUAUGAAAAAGUAUGGAUGUAUACAAUAUUACUAAAUCCCUAUUGCAU